UCCCAUUUCCCCGUACUACUUACUAAUGUACGUUUAGGGUUUACACGAAAUAAGAAGCAGAAGAAGGAUAACAAAAAUUAGCUAUUAGCUAUAUCUUCGCCGCGCUUUAUCAUUCAUCACUUCAUUUCUUUCGCUUCUAAACAUGCAGUCGAAUUAUGAAAGAGCAGAGAGUAGUAGUGAUCUUCCCGAUGCUCAACACUUGACAGAUAGCUGCUGCGAGUACUCUUGUUCACCACCAUUUUUUCCUCAUAAUAUUCUCCCACCCGUUAAUCCUUCAAUGCAAAUUAACCAACAUUUCUCUCUUCUUCACCAUCAACAAGGCCUCCUAAAUAUUACUGCACAGCAACAAUAUUAUUCUGAUAUUGCACAACAACACCAAUAUAAUUCCCACACUAACCCAAUAUUCACCCACCAGUUCUUCCAAGAAUGGCCCGUACAGUUUCAGCCAUGGCAAGCACAGCGAAGAGAAACUCCAGCUGAUCAAUCUUCGCAUAGCAAUGAUCUCUUCCCUGUCAUGAAUUUCAAGCUUGGUGGUAACUAUUUGCUUGAUGCACUUCCCGAGAACCGACCAUAUUCUUUAGAGUUCACGCCCAAAUUUUGUCGGCAGACGCAAGAAUAUUCCACUGCCAAACAACCCUUUUGCAAGGAUAUUCAUGAUAUUCCCAACGCAGACAAAAAGAACAACCAAUUCGGCGAUGUGAGGGAGAUAUGCAAUGAACUUGAAGAAAUCUAUGGCCUUGUAAAGAACAGUACUAGUAAACAAUUAACCGGCACUGGUUCCGCUCUAACCCGCGAGGCCAAUCUUGAGCCGGCGCCGUUUUGUCAAGAAGAAGAAACCUCGCCAAAAAUCGAACUUCAUAAGAAGAAGAAGAGGAGGAGGAAAAGUAGUAAAGAGCUUUUGAGUUCAAUGGCGGGCUUCUUUGAGGGCUUGGUUGAGCAGGUGAUGAGCCACCAAGAUAGGCUUCAUAGCAAUUUUUUGGAAGCCAUUGAUAGGAUUGAUAGAGAAAGGAGGGAGAGAGAAGAAGAGUGGAGACGCCAAGAAGCUCAAACGCAAAACAGAGAAGCCAUGGCUAGAGUCCAUGAGCAAGUCCUUGCUUCAAGCAGAGAGGCACUUAUUGUUUCAUACUUGGAGAAAAUCACUGGCCAAACAGUUGAUCUUCCUUCGGGAUUUAAGAAUAGCCCUGAUGAUUUGAUCAUUAGUGAAUUGUCUAAUUUGGAGGAAAUGUCAGACAUUAGUAAGAGUGCUGAAAAGAACAUGAGAAGAUGGCCUAGAAGUGAAGUUGAGGCAUUAAUCCGAGUCCGAAGCGGUUUAGGAGAGAAGUUUCAUCAAGAACCGGGGAUAAAUAUUAAGGGUCCUAUUUGGGAAGAUGUUAGUGCUUUGAUGGCUUCAAUGGGGUAUAAAAGGAGUGCUAAAAGGUGCAAAGAGAAGUGGGAGAACAUCAAUAAGUAUUUCAGAUCAAAAACCAAGAACAAUUAUAGUGCAACAAAUAAGGUGUCAAAAACUUGCUCUUAUUUUGAUCAGUUGGAUCAGCUCUACGCAAGAGUUAAUACCCCCAAAAUGUUUAAUGUCGGCCCUUCUUCAUCUUCUUCAAUAUCUCCCUAUUGUGCUAAGCCUCUAGUUGAUGGUUUUGGGGCACAAAGUCAAAGGCAAAGUUAUAUAGAGCUCAUGGAGACCUUUGGAGUUGCAGAACCUUCAUCUAGUGGGAAUCUAGAUUUUGAUGGGGUUGAUUUUCAUGACAAGGUAGAAUUUGAGCGAGUAGACCGCGAUGCGGAGAAGCUAAACCAUAUGGAUGAGGAUGACGAGGUUUUCGAAGACGAAAUCGAAGAAGAGGAUGAUCCAGAUGAUGAAGAAUGAAAUUGUACUUCAUGAGUUCUACCAUAGCUUAGGGAUGCUUAAUUUGUUUGUCAAGUUACGUAUUUAUAACUAUCAUGUUAUUUGUUGUAAAGUACGAUUUCAGAUGUUGUUGAUUCAAUGUUUGAUACAAAUGUAACCCCAUUACUUGAGAAAAUAGGCAAUCGGUUUAUACAACCUUUUGACGGAGGUUUUCACAAUUUUACCGUACAUAACAUCCUAUAAAUUUA